GCCAUGUACAAGCUCUUCGCCUUCCUCAACGCCUCACUGGGGAACAUCACACGUGACCAGGAGGAGCUCAACCCCACAGCCAAGGAGCUCCUCGACCGGCUGCACAACACCACCAAGACCACCCGGGGCCUCAUCUCCAACCUCACCUGCCUCCUCUGCAAGAACUACAACAUCUUCCAGGUGGAUGUCAGCUACGGGGAGAGCUCCAAGGGCAAGAGCACCUUCAAGAAGAAGCAGCAGGGCUGCCAGGUGCUCAGGAAGUACGUGCAGGUCAUUGGCCAGGUGGCACGUAUCCUACCUCAUCUCAGCCCGCCGUGA